AUGGAUUCUCAAGAAGCUAAUUCAUCAUCGACAAGAGUAAAGGUUGAUUUCGCGAAGCCGAUGAAAGUUAAAGAGAGUAAACGGAAUCAUCGCAAAAGCUUGGCCUGGGACGCUGCCUUCUUCACCAACUCUGGAGUGUUGGAUCCUGAAGAAUUGUUUGGGAGCUUGAAGAUCGACGAGAAUGAAGUGAACCAUAUGCACUCUGUCAAGACACUUCUUCCUACGGAAACUGAUGCUCGUCCAAGUUUUGCUUGGGACAACGCUUUUUUUACCGAUCCAGGUGUUCUUGAUGCUGAGGAGUUGUCUCUUGUGAACAAUGGUUUCACCAGUAACACACCGCUUCGCAAGUCUGCUGAUGAAUCGAUGACCACGACAACUCAAGGAAGCAGAUUCUCUGUGUCGAGCAUUGAGUUUGAUCUGUUUCACGAUUUGAGAGCCUCUUUACGUAAUGCAUCGAACGUGAAGCAGACUGUAACUCGAGAGAGCCAGCGUAAGUUACCAGAUAGUAAAAAGAGGACUAAAGAGUGCAAAAAGAAAGAUCAACCUUUGAGUCUUAUUCCUCAACCAAAAGUGUCUUCUUCUUCUUCUUUUUCGUCAUCCUCCAUCUCCAAACCUUUGACUAGACCCUUGACCCCUUGUCAAGCUACACGGGAGAAGAAAUGUGUUGCGAGUGAGCUAGGGAGGAAUAAUAAGGGAAAACUCAAGAAUCAUGGGUUUGAAGAACAAUCUGGAUCAAAAUCUAACAUAAGGUCAACAUAUUCAAGUUACGCAGUCAAGGAUUUGACAACGAUAUCAUCCUCUGGUUUGAGGUUACCACUUCCAAAGAUGUGUUUUUUCGACUCGGAGGAGAACGGGGAGAAAGAAAAUAGAGAACCAAAUGGUGUUGAAGCAAACAGAAGAAGAAGACACAAGUCUAAACUUGAGACUUCUUCUUCUACACAAGAACACCGAACCAUUUUGGGGCAACGCAAGAUGCGAAAGUGA